CGCCACUUGCCUCCCAUGGCUCCCCCUCUCUGACCUCGCCGGAGCGCCGCCGGGAUCUCGACGGUGAUGCCGCCGCCGCCGCCUCCCCCACCGCCCCCGGCGGCGCCGGAUCCGCCGCAGCUCCAUGGCGUGGUCAUCAUCACCCUCCCUCCCCCGGACCAGCCCUCCAAGGGCAAGACCAUCACCGCGUUCACCUACACCGACGACGACGUCACCCCGCCCCCGCCUACGCCUCCGCCGACGCAUCUGCCGACGCGGGCUCUAGUGCCCGCGGGGGCGGGGGCGGGGGCGGAGGCUAGGCGAUCGAGGCGGGGGUUCUCGCCGCGGCGGGCGGCGGCGAUGGUGCUCGUUCUCGGGGCGCUCGCCGUCGCGGCAUACUACUCCUUCUACUCGGACGUGGCCGUCCAGUUCUUGGGGAUGCAGGAGGAGGCGCAGAAUGAGAGGAACGAGACCAAGUCGUUCCUGCUGCCGCUGUACCCCAAGGCACGGCAGGGGCGCGCGCUGCGGGAGUUUGGAGACAUCAAGCUCGCGGCCAGAAGAUUCGAUAAUGACGGCGGAGGGGGCGUCGGCAGGAAAUCUAGGAACAAAUUGGAGGUCAAGAAGGCAGCUGCGGCGGGGACGAACUCGACGGCUCUGCUCCCGAUCAAGGGGAAUGUCUUCCCUGAUGGGCAGUACUACACAUCUAUUUUUGUGGGCAAUCCACCCAGACCUUAUUUUCUUGAUGUUGAUACUGGAAGCGAUUUGACAUGGAUCCAGUGUGAUGCACCAUGCACAAACUGUGCCAAAGGACCUCAUCCUUUAUAUAAGCCGGCAAAAGAAAAGAUAGUCCCUCCCAAGGAUUUAUUAUGUCAAGAGUUGCAAGGCAACCAGAACUACUGUGAAACAUGCAAGCAAUGUGAUUAUGAGAUUGAAUAUGCUGAUCGAAGCUCCUCCAUGGGUGUCCUUGCUAGGGAUGAUAUGCAUAUUAUCACUACUAAUGGUGGAAGGGAAAAACUAGAUUUUGUGUUUGGGUGUGCAUAUGAUCAGCAAGGCCAGCUUUUGGCCUCACCAGCUAAGACCGAUGGGAUCCUUGGUCUUAGUAGUGCAGGAAUAAGCCUUCCCAGUCAGCUGGCCAACCAAGGCAUUAUUUCCAAUGUUUUUGGUCAUUGUAUCACUAGAGAUCCAAAUGGUGGAGGAUAUAUGUUUCUAGGGGAUGACUAUGUACCCAGAUGGGGAAUGACAUCAACACCUAUCCGAAGUGCUCCAGAUAACUUGUUCCACACAGAAGCCCAAAAGGUAUAUUAUGGGGACCAACAGCUCAGUAUGCGUGGGGCAUCAGGGAACUCAGUUCAAGUGAUUUUUGACAGCGGAAGUUCAUAUACAUACCUCCCAGAUGAAAUAUACAAAAACCUUAUUGCAGCUAUCAAAUAUGCCUACCCAAAUUUUGUCCAAGAUAGUUCAGAUCGUACAUUACCUUUAUGCUUGGCAACUGAUUUUCCUGUGAGGUAUUUGGAAGAUGUCAAACAGCUCUUCAAGCCCUUGAAUCUUCAUUUUGGGAAAAGAUGGUUUGUAAUGCCCAGAACAUUCACCAUUCUUCCUGAUAAUUACUUGAUCAUUAGUGAUAAAGGCAAUGUCUGCCUGGGAUUCCUCAAUGGAAAGGACAUCGAUCAUGGGUCAACAGUAAUAGUCGGAGAUAAUGCUCUGCGCGGCAAGUUGGUUGUGUAUGACAAUCAACAGAGGCAGAUUGGAUGGACUAAUUCAGACUGCACCAAGCCACAAACACAAAAGGGCUUUCCCUUCUUCCUCUAACAAGUAUUGUGCAAUAAACAUAUGUAAAUGAUACAUAGAGACUACCAAUAGAGCUGCUUACGAAUAGCAUAUCCUGUUAUGUGCCGCCCUAUCUCCUCUACAGUCCAUAGUAUAAAUCCUGGUUGUUUGUUGUAUACUUGGGUACUUUUUGUAAUAUAGGGUGUUGUAUACCCAAGAAGCAGUGUAUGUAUAUUCGGAUUAAUGGAGUUUCAGAUAUAAUAAUCAUUAUCGUUAUUAAGACUAUAAUAAAGUCUAGAUUGUGUAGAAA